UUGAAAAGAUAUUCUUGAUAUGGCUUCAAGUAAUGAAAAGAAGCAUUGUGUCCUUGAACAUUACUUUCGUGUAGUGAAGCUUAAUGUUGAUAAGGCCAAGAUUCAGCUUGAUCAACUCCUGGAAACAGGUGUCGGAAAAGCAAUGCCUUUAAAAUUUUUACCACCAAAGGAAUGUACUAAACAUUAUUCACAAGUUGAAAUGUUUCUUGUAGAAUUUUUAUCAAUGAUAAAAUCUCUGAAUGAGCAGUUGGAAGGUUUCAUGAAAAGGUACCCUUCAGAAACAGCCCUGCUGCUUCAUGAAUUAGAAAGUGAGAAACUGUUGCAUCCCUGUAACUUAACUGGGGUUGAAGAACCAAGUUCAUUUUAUCAGACCACACCUGUUCAGUUGAAAAAUUUGCCCUCAACAGUUAGUGAAAGUAAUAUUCUACCAUUGUAUAAUGUAAAUUCUGCAAAGUUUGGGGCUUUCCCUGAAGAACCCAUAGUUACAAGCCUUUAUUUACCUUCUACAAACAACUGUAUUUCAGCUCCUUUAAAUCUAGGUGUCACUCAAAAUGAGUCUGGCUCCAUUGACAACCCUAAUCGUAGUUGCUCUCUUAUAGCGAGCAUUCAUUCUCCAAUACCGUCUGUCAUUCCAAUGAGUAAUUGCACUCCUACGUCUACUUUUGCCGAUCACAUGUCACGUGGCUGUUUAUCUCCCUUAUUGUUUUCCACACAAUUUGAUGACCAUAUUUUAACUGAAGGACCUACUGUUGAAUUAUAUUGUGAAGCCCAUGAUAGCAGGGAUGUGGGUCCUGUGCAUAAAGAAAUUUCUUCUGAUAUUUCGGAGAGAAUGUUUGCUAAUCACAUUAUACAUAGGGAUGUUCAGUCUGUCAUUCAGGAAGACAAGGAAAGUGAGGGCAAAGGCAAUCCUUGUGUAUCUGAAGCAUAUACCUGUGAUGUUUCUCAUUUACUGAAUAAUUUUGAUUUGAAGAAAUUGUCACCAGUAAAAGUUUUAACAGCUGAUGAUGAUAAUUUUGAAGUGCGGUCAUCCAGUGACCAGCUGUUGAUACUUGAUUAUCGUCUUAAUCAAUGUGAGGUAUCACAGAACAAAACAGAAGGUUCCAUAUGUGGAAACAGUGUUGACAAGGGCUGCUUAAAUAUUCAAGAGGAGCAUAACUACAUAAACUCUGAUGAUAAGCAUCAUUCUGAUAAUACGAUGAGUGAUUGUGAAUUCACAAGCGGUAAAAAUGAAGGCUGUGUCACAAGUGUUGAAGAUAAAAAUAAUCAUGGAAAUACUCUGGCUAUGGAAAAAGUGAAUAGUGCUGUAAUUGAGAGUGGGCUUUGUUUUGUAAGUGUUGAGGGCAAGAGUAGUACUGGAAAUAAAAGUGAAUGUAAUCAAGAAAAAGCAGGAGCUGAACAGUGUGGAGAUGAAAUGGAGGAACAAAGUUAUAUUCAUAAGGAACAUAGUUAUUCAUUAACUGAAUGUGAAGAUGGAAAUAAGUAUGCCAAGAAUUUUGGUAGUGAAUCUCAAGCAGUUGAUAGUGAGACUCAGGAGUUAGUUGAAAAGUUAGUGGCUAAUGAGCCUGUGAAUGUGUAUCUUUCUCACUUCAAGCCACCAGAUAGUUUGUGGGUCCAACUAGCCAACUGCAAAAUUUUAGAGCUGCAAGAUAAUCUUUGCAAUAUUCUUGAAAAAGAAGGGAUAACACCACUGGAAGAAAUAAGUGUUGGAACAAUGGUUGCAGCACGAUACAAAGUAGAUGGGGUGUUCUACAGAGGUGUUAUUACAGAGUGUUUGGAUAAAGCUCAGGAAGCAAAGGUUCUGUUCAUAGACUAUGGAAAUUUAGAAAUUGUUGCAAAAGCAGACCUUUGUUGGCUCCCUGAUCGCUUGAAGGAUACUCCGGCCAUGGCCCAUGUAUGCAUUUUAACACAUUUUAAUGACAUCGAGCUUGAAACAGCCAGUGAUGAUCAAGCAGCUGUUCAGACUGAGAUUAAAUCAUGUAUAAUUAAUGCUGACUCUGUGAAAGCCAUAUUUAGAAAGUUGCAGGCAGAUGAAAGAAAAGAUUCAUUGCCGAUCAGCUGUGCAAGGUAUUCUGUUUGUGUGCAAACUGAGAGCAAGGUAUUAGGAGGAAAAAUAGAUGUUACAGAUCAGUCAGGAAAAUCUAAGGAAGUACAGAAAGGGCAGAGCACAUCCAAAAAAAGGAGGACUAAAUUUUCUAAGGUAGAUCUUACAAAAACAGAAAUUGAAAGAAGUGGCGAUAGCAAAAGUGCUGAUGUGCAAUGGACCCCCUUGUCUGAAGAUGGAAUGAAAGAGUCGUACGUUCCAAAGUCUCCCAUGCCUUUGUGGUCAGCUUUAGUGAAGAGGUCCAUCUCAUCUACUGUUUACACUAUAGAUGCAGAUAGACACUUGAGCAAAAGCAGAAAGCAUGGUCAUACAGGUGUCACAGAGCAUGUGAAGGAUUCUAGUACCGAUUAUGAUUCUCAAGCUCUACUGAGUGAAGGAAGUGAUAAUUCUGAAACUCUGAUCCCUGUCUAUGCCCUGCCUUCAGUUCACCUCAGAAAAACCAGUGUCCCAAUUAAUGCAUGCACAUUAGUUCCUGUGGUGCUUUCCCAUGUUGAAAAUCCACAUUUGUUUUAUGUACAAAUACUUGACAGUGAAACAGCUUCGUUAGACAGGUUCCAGAAAUCAAUGUUUGAUUAUUAUAAGGCAAAUUUUGACCUUAUAAAAACAAAGGAGCUGCCUCUUGGAACAUUUUGGGCUGUGCACAGUGAAGAUGAUAGCUGGAAUCGUGCAGUGGUAUUAGCUAAUAAGCUAAGGCCUUCUGGAAAGAAAAUAGGUCCACCAGAAGUUGAAGUACGCUAUGUUGACUUUGGAUAUAAAGCAACUGUUCCUAUCAGCAGAGUUAGGGUUCUCCAGGAAGAUUUUACAGCAAUGCAAAUACUGGCUAUCCCAUGUUCCUUAUCUGAGGUGUACCCUUAUGUUAAGUUUAAAAAUGAUGUAUGGUCAAAGGCAAGCAUUGAAGCAUUUAUUAAUAAAUGUGGAGGAGUUGAGUCCACAUUAUUUGCCAAGUUUUGUUCCUCCAGUUUGGAUGAAACUUACAAAGUUGAAUUGAAGACCCUGGAAGGUGACAGCAUUAACAAAUAUCUUGUGGACUCUGGACAUGCCAAAGCAAGCUCAGCUUCUAGUUUUGAUGGUUUAACUUCAAAACAGGCAGUGGGAAAUGUUUCGAAUAACCUGGCUGAUGAAAUUACUACUACCUGGAAUCCUAUGGUUGCAGAGUUCUUGGCAGAAGAAAACAAUAUUAAUUUAGAUAAUGAGUGUGCCGAAACAGUACUUGCUGGUAUUAAAAAUACAGACGAAAGGAGACUAUGCAAGUUUUUCAGAGAAGGGAGAAAGUGUCCGCGAGGAGAAGCUUGUCAAUGGGAACAUGUAAGAUACAGGGAUGGUGUCACUUCGGAGAGGGAGCCUGUCUUUUAUUUGAGUACAGAUAAUUAUGAAUUACCAAAGGUUGGAGCAGCAUUGGCAGCCAUUGUUACAAAUGUGGUAUCUCCAUCACAAUUUUAUGCCUAUUUUCCUCAUGGAAUGAGAGAUCUUCGUGAACUGCAAGUUGAUGUUGCCAGUGGUGUUGAUCAAGAGACUCUAGAGAGUUUAGGAGAGGCUAUGCAUAAACAUUACAAAUACUCUUUGCCAGAGCUCAGUGCUUGUUUGCCAGCAGUUGGGGAACUUAAAGUUGUACAUUGUACCCGAGAUGGAAAGGAAGAUUUUUAUCGUGUCCGUAUCUUAGAAAUUCAAAGGGAAACUAAUUAUACCGUCUUAAAGGUCUUUUUUAUUGAUUAUGGUGAAUUUUUAUGGGUCAAGGAGCAGCAGAUACGACCUAUGGUGCCGCAGUUUUCACACUUACCACCCCAGGCUGUUGAAUGUUAUUUAGAAGAUCUAAUAAAGCCUGAAAAGGGAUGGGACAACUUUGCAACUUUGCAUCUGAAGUUAAUGACUGAAAAGAUUGAGCUUGUUGCCAUUGUAAAAAGUAUUGACACUUUGAAUCGACUUGGUGUUAACUUGUUCAACACUAGUGGCAAUAUUGACAUCAACAUCAAUGAAGUUCUCAAGGAGAGGGUUGCUGUAUCAAAAUGAUGGAUUGAAAGUGUUUGCCAAAAUGAUGGACUGAAAGUGUUUUUCUUUGGAAUGUCUUUUCAAUAUAUAUAUUUUAUGAUUUUAUGAAUAGUGAAUAUUUUUGUUUACUAAAUUCUUUUGUUGUUUGUCAUCACAUGUCAAAACAUUGGCUUUCAGUUAAGAAAUUUUUUUUGCUAUGGAAGAAUAUAUUCAUGACUCAUUG